AUGACUGAUGCAUUUUCACCUUCUUGGAAUUGUAACAACGAGGAUGAAUUAAGAGAACACUUUGGACGCAAUCUGACAGCUGCCUAUGAGCACUGUAUGCUGGAUAGUCGAAUGAUACACGCAGCUCGAGUCUACUUUUCGAUUGGCAUUGUAUACGCCGUCUUUGUCGUUUUCUCUACCAUCAUGUUUGUUGUCUUUGCAACAUCCGGCAUCGAACGACCUUAUUACCAAUAUGCAAUGCUCUCGGCUACAACAGCACCCUCCACCACAUCCAAUCGAAAACGACGGCGACUACAACGUAUGAAAUUACUCCAUCGAUGGAAACGCAAUUCUUUACGCAAAAGAAGCAUCUUUGGAACAACACUGGGUGCGGUCGGCAACUUGGUGUUUUGCACAACCGUAUUCAUGUCACAAGCCUUCUACACCGACAGCGCAUGCGAGGUGUACUUGUGGGGUGUAUGUAUCGGUUUCUAUACCUGGUUCUUUGCAUUCUUUUGGCGUGCAUAUCGACUAUGGUUUUUGAUUCGGCUUAACGAUCUCAAGGCUCGUUUCGGAGGCGAUGUAUUGAUUAGCAGCAGUGGUGCUAGUGUGACGAGCAAUCAUUCGGAUGGGAGUUGUUCACCCUCAUUACACGAUGACAAGGAUUACAAGUGGUUCAUGAAGAAUAAGGAUGGCCAUCUCCUCAACGUAUCACGUCCGCUGGCGGUGUAUCUUUUAUUCUUGAUGGUGAUCGUUGUUGUCUGUGCAGUGAUUGAAGCACGUGGAUUCCGCACCAAUGUGAUGGAAUGUGAAGGCGCUUGGGGGAUCUACGUGGUUAUUUCAUUCACGGCCUUCUUUUUGGUGUUGGUGGCACCCAUCACUGCCUUCUGCUUACGAAAGUACAAAGAUAGCUAUGGCAUCCGCAAUGAAAUCAUGGUGGACAUUGCUGUCGGCAUCCCAUGCUUUGUCCUCACUAUUGUUUGGUACGAAGUUUUCGGUGACCCAAUAGUGACGCCUUGGGGAGAGUACUUUAAAACAUACUUUGCUCCACGCAAUUGGCUUAUUUUCUUUAUCCUUGCGAGCCACAUCAUGUCCAUCGUCAUUCCUCUUUUGCGUCUCUCAUCUCGGUGGCAUCAUAUUCAUCAUGGAAAGACACAUUCAUUCGAUGGCAGUUCUCAACCACCCUCAUUAGCAUCAUCAUCAUCCAAUCUCCAAGACACCGCCAACAAUGACAACAACACCGACGAACGUAACAAUACCCGCCGCUCCAUACGUCGUCGCCAUCGCAUCACACGUUUACGACAAACACCAGAAACACUUGAAUAUCUGCUCGAGUCACCCGAUACAAAUGAAGAAUUGAUGCGGAUUGCUAUACAAGAUUUCGAUUCGGAAAAUGUUGUAUUUUACAAGCACUAUCUCAAGCUUGUUGACAAGUUGCAUAAAUCGGUGCUUUGCAAACGUCAUCGUUCACUAUCAUUCUCGAAUGUGGCGGAUACAUCGGUGCCACCUUUACAUCGACCUUCCUUUACGCGCAUGUCAUCCAAUGCUACACUCGUUGUUCCACCACAGCGUGCUCAUUAUCGUGAUAACAACAACAACAAUGACGAGUUAUCAGUACCAGCAGGAGGGCCCAACAAUCCAAUGAUAACCAUCGUGCCACCACCUUGUAUCCAUACUGUGAAUCGAUUAUCGGGAAGCAGUUCUAAAAACAAGGGUAGCAUUAAGCAUGGUGGCAGCACACUGAUAUCCACGAUUGCUGAGGACGAUGGCAUCUACGACAUGGUCAUUCAAGAUGAUGAUAUUGCUCAAGAAUUUGUCGAUUUAUACCGCACCUACAUUAUUGAAGAUGCACCAUUGCAGGUCAAUGUAUCGCAUCGUGCACGUAAAGAUCUUGAUGAUAUACUAUUACCCCGCAUACGAAACACGCUCAAUCCUCAAAACGUAUCGACCACCUGGAAGAUCCCUUGGUCAUCCAAGCAACAGCAUCUGCAUUGUGCCAUUGACAGGGCUACCAACAAUGAUGAGCUAAAGCGAGCACCCUCUCUUGCCUCCUCAUUCUCCAACAAAUCAAAUGGGUCGCUGAUAUCAAGAUUACGCUUGAAAUGGUGCCCAAAGUCUGUGUUUCCUCCUCCAUUGGAUUAUAACAAUGCCACCGUGGUUGACAUGUCCGCUAUUGAUCCUACCAGCAGCGCUGAACGAGAAAAGUCACCUCCAUUACAUUUGACCUUGGGCAUGUUUGAACCCGUGCGCAAUGAAGUCUUUUGGAACAUUUUCGCCGGCGUAUUUCCAAAGUAUGUCAAUGAAUUCAAUAAAGUCAAUGCAUAA